AUGGUCAAAGAAAUAGCGAUCAAGGACCAGACUAACGUGCUGCCGAAGAAAAAACUGCUUAUAACCUUUGCCAGUUUGGCCUUAGGAUUACUGGCUUCGUUCCUAGAUCAGAACUCUUUGGCAGUAUCGCUGCCUGACAUUGGUAAAGACCUGCACGCGACUAACACCACGUCCUGGGCAGGCACUUCUCUGCUAAUUGCCAAUACUACUUUCCAGGUGCUUUUUGGGCGAUUGUCGGAUAUUUUCGGGAGAAAAGUGGUUUUGCUCGGGUGUAUGUCCAUUCUGUGUCUCAGUCAGCUGGCAACGUGCUUUUGUAACACGAGUACUCAACUCUAUGUGUUCAGAGGGUUUGCUGGUAUAGGCAAUGGUGGGAUUCAGUCGCUCACUAUGAUGAUUGUGUCUGAUGUGGUGACACUAGAAGAAAGAGGAAAGUACCAAGGAAUCCUUGGAACCUGUGUUGGGCUUGGAAAUGCUGUUGGUCCCUUCAUAGCAGCAGGGUUUCUGAAAAGCGUCAGCUGGAAAGGGGUUUAUUACUUUCUGUGCCCUCUAACAGCGUUGGUGACGGGGGUUUCGAUGUUCGUAAUUCCUCAGAGUUCGGAGCUGAAGGUGAAUUACGAGAAUUUCAAGAAGAUUGACUUUUACGGGUUUGGUUCUAGUUCUACCGGAAUUAUCCUAUUCUUGGUAGGUCUAUCUGGCGGUGGAAACGUCUAUGCUUGGAACAGUCCAACAGUGAUAUGUCUGCUCACUAUAGGAGCUGUCUUCUUACUACUGUUCCUAUUCACACAAUGGAAAUUGUCAAGACUACCAAUGAUGCCGUUGCGACUGUUCAGUAAUAUCUCUGUUGCAAUCAUGCUAUUGCAGGGUCUUUUGUUUGGAUUGGUCUACUACUCCAACGUUUACUUCAUCCCACUAUACUGCGAGCUGGUCAGAGGAAUGAAACCUUCAAUUGCAGCGUGUAUGUCUUUGCCAUAUCUUAUUAUCCAAGCGGUUGUGUCUACCGUCUGUGGAGCCCUGAUAUCCAAGUACAGGUCGUAUGGGUUCUUUUUGUAUUUCGGUUAUACCGUUUGGUUUUUGGGAACCGGAUUGCAGAUUAUGUUCGACCAAAACCUCUCCAUUGUUGGGAUCAUAUUCAUUUUGCUCUGCCAGGGUGUGGGCGUUGGAUGCAUCUUCCAGCCCACUAUCGUCGCACUACAAGCCCAUUGUCGGAAGCCUGAUAGAGCUGUUGUUAUUUCCAUACGGAACUUCAUGAGAUCCAUGGGUGGAUCCAUAGGUCUUGCAGCCUCUUCUGCCAUUUUGUCUAAUGUUUUGAGCAGAAAACUGAGACAGGCAGAUCUUUCUGACCUUACGCAGGCAGAAUUAAACAGUCUCAUCAAGUCUGUGUAUUCCAGGCCUGAUCUCACCAAAUAUAGUACGUCCGAUCAAAAGGCAAUCAGGGGUGCUAUAGCUGGUUCCAUGAGAACUGUGUUUAUUUUUUUUACACCUAUAAUGGGGGUGGUUUGGCUGAUGGGCUUUUUCAUCAUAGACAGAGGUCUUCAGAGACCGGAGGACGCAGCUCAGCAGAAAUUGGAACAGGAAGCAAAAGAGGCAGAGAAAUUGGUCCGAGUGGAUUCAAGCGAGCAUUCAGUAAGGUCAAAGAAUGAGUCUACUGCCGAGGCUGGUGGUAAAGAUUUAGUUGAAGAGUCAUGA